GGUGCAACGGUGGUGAGUGUCGCCUGGUUCAGUCUUACGCGCCGGCUUGGAGCAUUAAGCAGAAUUUUUCUACAGUCCUUAAUCGUGCAUAGUGAAUGUGAUAUAUAAUUAGUGUUGUGUGUUGUUGUGCCAAUAUGGUCGUACUGUAUAUUGUAGUGUUGUGACCACGAGACAUGAAAGAUUAAUUGUGCUGUCAAAAUAUUUUAAAAGUUAUGCCAAUAACACUUUUUAAAACCCUGAACAAGAUGAAAAUUUUCCAAUUACUUCGAAUCUUGUAAUUAUUUAAAGCUUACACAAUGGUUAAUGGAAAUUACGUGCUAUAUGGUGACCGACCAGCCUCGGAGUCAGAAAUUGUUGAUGAUCACGUGCAUACAAGAACCGUGGAACGCAAGACUAAACGCAAAUCCAACAGAUCAGCUAAUGAUUUACAACGCUCACUAAAUUUGGCUCAGAAGUUGGAUAACGAGACAGAUGCUGAUAAAUACAUCAAGAAGAUCAAAGAACCCAGAUUACUGCGUUAUGUGCCAACCACUGAGGUUCAAGAAAAUUAUGUGACAGAAAAAUUUGAGACGUACGAUUUGAAGCCUAUUGAAGAACCGAUUAAAAGAUAUACAUUUGCUAAAAAGCCCAAGAAUCCCAGUGAUGGUUCUGUGAAUUAUGCUUAUUCCCGAUCGAGCAGUAGUUGUAGUUCACCUAAUGGUAAUUUGCCGACAAUUUCUGAGCACGGUGAACAAUAUGGCACGUACAGAAUACGAUCUAUUCAGACUCCAACAUUGAACGAGGGGAUGAGUUAUGAAUCAAAAUUUGAUAAAUACUUCGCCAGGCCGAGGGAUGUUCAACCUUUCAGCGCUAAGGGAUCGCAUCCAGAUAGUUUGUAUCGAGUGCCAUCGGACGGACCGGGCAGGGCAAGGAAAAUAGUGCACGUACUCCGUUUGUUACGAUGGCCAGUCGCGCUUUUCGGAGUGUGCGUUGCUCUAGCUGUGUUUGUUUACUUCCUCAUGCCUGAAAACCUUGGACAAGAUAUAGACACCAUAAAUGCGACCACCUGGGAACAAAGCUUUACCGAAGCUCAUUCUUACAGUUCUUCUGCACCAACUUCGUCAACGCAAAAACCGAAAUUGAAACAAAGCCAUCCAGAGAAAUCGAUUAUAUCUGGUAUAAAAGUAACAGAAAUAGAUUUCUAUGAUGCUGAGAAUGACACAAAUAUCGAUUUAUCUUCCGUGAUCGCAGAAACCAGUCCUACAAGAAAAUUCCCAAUUCCUCCAGUUUUUCCAACACACAUAGAGCCAGAAGUACAAUAUGGAAAUGAUGAGGUCGAUAGUUUACGAAAGCCCAAAAUCCUCGAAGAAACAAGUGCAAUUCCUGAUGACUCAACUCUGAGGCCUCAUAUUACUCAACAGCCAGAAAAGCCUUUAGCGAUUUACUUCAAAGAUAUCGAUGCUGUGUCAACAAGUACUGAGAGGGUGACUACAGAAAUAAUAAAAAAGUCGGAGACUACAAAUAUUUCUCCAAAAUCUAAAAUCAAUGAUAACCUUGAAGAAAACUAUACGACAAAUUCAAUUGCGAAAACUACUACUAGACCAUAUUAUGUUCCCAUCCAUGAGACUUACACGCAACAAUCGAGUCUUAAUGAGCAACAAAUACAUGGAACACACAAAUUGGUGCCGAAAGUAUCAAUUGACAUUAAGGAAUAUUACGGACAACCUGUAGUUAACACUGAUGUUAAGUUUACCUCGGGCCAUUCAAAACUUUUCGGUAUAUCUAUAGAAGAUGCAGAAAAAAUGAAAGCUACAACACAGAGCUCGUUGUACAAUACUAGAGUUUCUCCUACACUUCCUACUUGGAGAGAUAGGGGCGACACUACAACUAAAAACUAUCCAAUAAAUACUCUAUCUGACGUACCCCAAUGUCGAUCAACGCGCCUACCUCUCUGCCGAGGAAUCUUGCCAUAUGACUUAGCUGGAGCACCAGCCAUCGUGGGCAAGAAAGAAGUUACUCAGCUGUUACCACAGAUCGAGUACUUAGUAGCAACCAACUGUAGCGAAAGGGUUCGCCACUUUGCCUGUGCUCUCCUUGAACCAGAAUGUAGUCCGCCACCCUAUUCCUCUAAAUUACCUUGCUACAAUUUGUGUAAAGCAAUCGUGGAUAACUGUGAGGGCUACAUCCCAGCAGAAUUAAAUUCAAUGUUUAGUUGUAACCAGUAUUCAAGCAGCAACUGCGCUAGCGCUCGUGCUCCCUGCUAUGGAAGGGAACUGGCCUGUGGGGAUGGAUCCUGUGUUCCACGUGAUUGGGUUUGUGAUGGAACUAAAGAUUGCCCCGGAGGAGAGGAUGAAGCUCCGUGCUCGGCGUGUGAAGAAAAUGAAUUUCGAUGCAGUUCAGGUCUAUGCAUAGUAAAACGCUGGGUUUGUGACGGUUAUUCUGAUUGUCCUAGUGGUGAUGAUGAAUUGGAUAAAAAUUGUUAUACUCGAGCUCCGAACCGAGUGUCUGCAGCAGCAGAAGUAGAGGAACCCGGGGAAGAGUCAGCUGGGUCAGCCCCAGCCCCGUCUAUAAGGAAGCCGAAUAGACUUCCCACACAAGAAAUGCGGAAUGGUCACUAUAGAAACGGAGAAACUGAGAGCAGUAAAGAGCUGCUCAUGACCAGCGAUUCUACAAAUUCUUUUAAGCGUAAUUUCACUCGGCGACCUUCGCCAUCUCGUCUUACUCCAUACUCAAGACCAAUGCCAAAACCAAAAAAACAAGAAUCUGAGGAAGAGCCUUUAAUCCCUGGAAGUAUUACAGAAAGGCCCCGAUGGAUGUAUCGAAAAAACUUUAGAAAACAUCAAACAAACGCAUCUGAGAAGAAAAAUGAUUCAACCGAAGAUGUCAAUAUGGACGAUUUGGGUGUAUUUGGCAAUAUAGAAAAGGAUGGUUCUGAUAAAAUUAAACAAACAAUGAAACCAGAAGAAAUUGCCCCUGCAACUGUUCCGACGCGACUUGAUAAAUCACUAGAUAACCUGGAAAGAGUUAUUGAUGGUGCUGGUUUAUUAAGGAAAGCGGCUAUCGUUCGAAAGCAAGAAAUGGCAGACUCCCCAGAAUCCAACGCAACUCUAUUCGAAACCGACGAUUUAGGACACAAUAGUGCCCAUGCGUCUCCUUGUCCGAAUGAAGAAUUGCGGUGUGUGGACGGCAGGUGCAUCACACUCUCUCAACUGUGUGAUGGUACCAUCGACUGUUCGGACCACGCCGAUGAAGAUAAUUGUUACACGUGAAUAACAGAAUAACUAAUAUUGGCUAUACUGUGAAAAAAUUCUAAUUUUAUUACGUUUAUUUAAUUAUUGUAUGUCAAUUUUUUAUCGACGUGGUGUCAUUUUAGAUGUCAAAUAAUGCUCUAGAUUUUGAAAGUAUUAAUCCAAUAAAACCUUUAUGUUUAUUAUUUGUUUCGACGUUGUCUGAAAAGUGUCCGUCCCUAGUUCUAAGAUUUGUUUAAAAGACAUUAGACGGUAAGGAAUAUUAUAAUGUGAAUUAAAUAAUUCGAUUUUAAUAAGCUGUGAUAAAGGAAUGCAUCAAUAAAUCUAGAAUUCUAAGCUCGAUGUAAUUUUAUAUCAUAGCUAUGUGUCUCUUUAGAUUAAGUAUUUUAAGCGUGUAAUCUAUAUGUUUAUAUUUUAUACUACUUCCGCUUUCUCUUAAAAUUUGCACUCAUUCAUAACAAUGUUCUGGUUUGGAUAAACUAUUCGAUAACUAUCCGAUAAUAUACAUAUCAAAAAUGCCGCUGUGGUUUAAAAUAUUAAUAAUAUUUGCUUUAUAUACUUACAGUAAGUACAAAAAUUUACCAACUAAACUAACAUGCUUCGUUAAUUUCAUCACAAAAUAAUAAACCAUUUGGUCAGCUAUUUUAAUAAAUUAAGGUUGUAAAUAAAUUUAGAUUAUAAUUAUUUAUUUAGUACGUUCAUUGUCUUCACGUGCGCUUUCAUUCACAAUGAUCAACAAACUAUAUUGCACAACAUUUUUCCGUGUAGUAAGUAAAUAAUAGUCCAGUCAAAUAGAUAAAAAUUAAGAGUGAAGUUACAAAAAUUCUCAUGUACCAUAAAGAAAAGUGGUAGAAAUUGUGGUUCUUAGGAAAAAAAAUUAGUUCCUAUUUGUAGAUAAUAAUAUUAGAAUUAUUUUUUUUUAAUUUUGGUCAAAAGUGAUUUUAUGGUAAAACCUUCUAUUCCGUUUCGGUGAAAUUCAAGAAAAAAAAAAUUCUUGCAAGUACAGUACGAAGUUUUUGUACCUUCAAGUGUCUAGACUGGACUAUAAUAAUUUGCAUUAGAAUGAAAUGUUUAUAUUUGUCCUAAAAUUUUUAUAUAAUUGUUUUAUUCGACAAGUCCAAAGUAAUGUCAUAAUAUGAAGUGAGUAGAUAUAAAACCUGAAUUUAAGGUGUAAGUUUAAGGCAGAUUUCGUAGUGUGUUAGAAAUUUGAUAUUGAUUAGAAGUAAAAUAUAAUGCUAUAUGUAUAGAUUAAGGAUGUUUGUUUUUCAUUUCAAAUUGAUAUAAUUAUAUCAAUUGUCUGUGUCUUUAUCCUCUUUAGGUAGAGAUGAUUCUAUUAAAAUUGAUUUUUCGUGCUAAUAACGAUUAAUCGUUAAUUAGCUUUAAGAUCGAGCGUUAAUUAUUGUCUAAUUUUUAAGAAAUCAUUGUCAAAAUUAGUCUGUAUUAUUGUUAUCGUUCUAAAACAUGACCAAUUUGUCGUACGAACAAUUUUUUGUGUGUUUGUUUUUUUUACUUUUGUAAUUUUGUAUUAAAUAAAAAUAAUAUGCCAUUUU